UUUUUCUUUUUCUUUUUCUUUUUCUUUAAGGUGGGGAAAGAGACAAACAGGAGACAGGAAGCUGAUCUGCAAGGAUUCGGAGUUGUGCUAAAAGGACUUUGAUUUUUUUUUUUUUUUUCCACCUCUACAAACGCUGGCAAUUGACAUCACUACAGACAGCCUGGUUAGAGAACAAACUGCCUCAUCCCGAGUGGACCCCAGCAGCUGGGGGAAGCCCGGCAAGAUCUGGGGAGACUGUGUGGGGUUUUUUUUUCCUACCGAUCCCGCUCCACCCUCCCCAACCCCCCUUUUUUGCUGGUGUGUGUGUUUUUUGUUUUGUUUUGUUUUGUUUUGGAAAUUCUUGCCGUGUUGGAACUAGCGAGUGGUGGAGUCUCUGAAGCCUCAUCAGUCAUCGGGACUGUCAGGAAUAGUGGUUUAAGAGGAAGCUCGGCCUGGGGCACUAUACCCUGUCAUCCAGUUCCCUGCCUCGGAGAUAAAGAUUCCAGCUACAUGGGCAAACGCCUGGAUCAGCCACAAAUGUACCCCCAGUACACUUACUACUAUCCUCAUUAUCUCCAAACCAAGCAGUCCUAUGCACCAGCUCCCCACCCCAUGGCUCCGCCCAGCCCCAGCACAAACAGCAGCAGCAACCACAGCAGCAACAACAGUGGCGGGGAACAGCUGAGUAAAACCAACCUGUACAUUCGAGGCCUUCCACCAGGCACCACUGACCAGGACCUGAUCAAGCUGUGCCAACCGUAUGGAAAAAUUGUAUCCACAAAGGCAAUUCUUGACAAAAACACAAAUCAGUGCAAAGGUAUGUGUCACAGCAUCUGUACCCUGAGUUCUUGCCUAUGCUGUUUGAUUGAUGGCUUCUCCAUUGCAGAGGUCUGGGCACCAGCGGCAUAA